AAAGGAAGGGCAGCGAGAAGGAGGGAGUGGAGCGAUGGAAGGGCAGGGAUGGAAGAGGGAAGAGGGGGAGGACUCUUGGUGAUCUCUCCUGAAGGGGAUAAUGGGAGAGGAGCGCAUUGCAAUGGCUGCCAUGUAGUACCCUCCCUGCACAAUUAGCCAAUCAGCAGCGCGCUCUGCCAGCCAGGAGGACGCAUAAAAGAAGAACAUUGCAGCAGAGGCACAGAAGGAGACUGCGAGGAGCAAGGAAUUACACACAAAAACAGCAGAACCAGAACACCCUCCCCUGGACACACCCUGCUGAGGAUCACUGCUUCUCUUUUUUUUCUGAACCGUCGCCCACGCCACUCGGAGAGAACACUCUCCCACAUCAUCAUCCAGUAGAAAACCCCUUUCUCCUCAUUUUCAUCCUAUAGAGGACACCUACAAUCUCGGAGGGCUGAGAUCCCUUGGAGAAGAUUGUAUUUUUUUCAUUUUUUUCUUUUUUUUUCUUUUAAUUUUGACUCCUGACACAACGCCGGGGCCACACAGUAUAAAGGCCGAAGAGCAUAUUGUGACUCAGACUUCAGCUCCAAGACCAGUGCAAAGAAGGACCUAGAUUUCUUUCAUUGUACGUCAAGAAUGGUUACUCAGAUAAUCAGCACCAUGGAAACCCAGGUGUCCAACGGUCCAAGCGGAACCAGUCUGCCCAACGGCCCAGUGAUCAGUACAAACGGCUCGACGGACGACAGCAAAACCAACCUGAUCGUCAACUAUCUGCCUCAGAACAUGACCCAGGAAGAAUUCAAAAGUUUGUUCGGUAGCAUCGGAGAGAUCGAGUCCUGCAAGCUAGUCAGAGACAAGAUAACAGGUCAGAGUUUGGGAUAUGGUUUUGUAAACUACGUGGACCCAAAUGAUGCAGACAAGGCCAUCAACACGCUCAACGGCCUCAAACUGCAGACUAAAACAAUCAAGGUAUCAUACGCCCGGCCGAGCUCGGCUUCCAUUCGUGAUGCCAACCUUUAUGUGAGCGGACUCCCCAAAACCAUGAGCCAGAAGGACAUGGAGCAGCUGUUCUCUCAAUACGGUCGCAUCAUCACAUCUCGCAUCCUAGUGGACCAAGUUACAGCAGGCAUAUCACGAGGAGUGGGAUUCAUCCGGUUUGACAAACGAAACGAAGCAGAGGAGGCCAUCAAAGGACUGAACGGACAGAAGCCUCUAGGUGCGGCCGAGCCCAUCACUGUCAAGUUCGCCAACAACCCGAGCCAGAAGACAGGGCAGGCCUUACUGACUCAGCUGUACCAGACUGCUGCCCGGCGCUACACGGGACCACUGCACCACCAGACUCAGCGCUUCAGUGUAAUCCCUUCAGUUGGAAAGGGACCAGAUCCAAAUAACAGCUCAAAACCAAUACUCGACAAUUUACUAAACGCCAGCUACGGAGUCAAGAGUUCUCCCACUCUCUUCCCCAGAUUCUCGCCCAUCACCAUUGACAGCAUGACCAGCCUGGCCGGGGUCAACCUCACCGGUCCAACCGGAGCCGGCUGGUGCAUCUUCGUGUACAACUUGUCCCCUGAGGCGGACGAGAGCGUCCUGUGGCAGCUCUUCGGGCCUUUCGGCGCCGUCACCAACGUCAAGGUCAUCCGUGACUUCACCACCAACAAAUGUAAGGGCUUUGGCUUCGUCACCAUGACCAACUACGACGAGGCCGCCAUGGCCAUCGCUAGCCUUAACGGCUACCGCCUGGGCGACCGCGUGCUGCAGGUUUCCUUCAAGACCAGCAAGCAGCACAAGGCCUGAGGGGAAGAGAGAGGCUGCUGCUACCAGCUCCUUCGACCUGCGGGGAGAGUCGACCUGAGCUCCCUGCGCCAUCACUCUACAUGGGCCUGGACUGAGUCUCUCUCUGACAUAUUCUCACACUAAUUCAUAAAAAAGAAAAGGAAAAAAAAAAAAUGGAACACACAGACAUGCAGACGCACACAUGCACGCAGACAAACGACACAAACAUACCCAUACACGAGUCAGAGUUUCAAGCAAACACACUAGUGGAGUUUUUCUUUUCUCUUUACACAACAUGCUAGUCCUUCCCUGUAUUUGCCUGGAUUGAAUUAGAAGGGGCACGUAGCUGGUUUGUUGGGUAGGGGCAAGAGCUAUCUAUUUAGGAGACAGUCUAACGAAUGUGACAGAGAAUGUGUACCGAGUGCUUUGAUUGAAUUCAGGCAAAUAACGACAACUGAUGAACAAAAUGAUCAAAAAUUCAAGUGAACGAAUAUGUGCAAUUUACCCAAACUCUUACCCCACCAUCUCUCCUAUUAUCUUGCUGGAGAGGAUGUAGUCACUUUUUUUACACUUGGGCAUUUUGAAUCAGCGAUUUUUUUAGAUCAAAGAAAAAUGAAGUUAAAAAACAGUGUUCUCUUAUAUACGUCUAUUAAAAUAUAACUAUAUAUUCAAUAUUUAAAGUGGUUAUAAUAGCCGAGUAUGUAAGCAUUUUCUAGAAACUUUGACUACUGUUUCCUGACCUGCAUUAGGUGGUGCCUAGCGUAAAAAGGCAGUUUCUCUACCCUAUAUGAGCUUUAGCUCAGAACCCAAUAUGAUUUGAGUUACAAAAACGAAUACUGGUCACAGAACAGAGUAGUCCGAAGGCCAUCAAAAUCACUCCUCCCCUCACAGUCUCACCACGAACAACACUACACGACGUACGUAUCACAGAACCACAAUUCAGCGACUAGAAGACUUACACGUAUUUAGUCCACUGAAGCUGUAUUUUUUCUAAUCGAUCCUCAAGAUGAAUUUAGUACACGCAGACUGUCUGUGAACUUAGAACAGAGAGGCAGCGCUCCCAUGGUGACAGCGUUCAUUAGCAAUUCUCCGGUGGGCGAGAGUGAUGAGUGUGAGGGGAAAACCUGUUUCCACAUAACAUAGUCGCAGGAAAAUACCGGUGUUUUUUUUUUUUUUCUUCCACCACUUUUUGCACCAUUUUCUCAUUGCAUUUUACAUCAUCCACGGCCAUAGCGUGGCGUGAGAUGCUGUCAGCUGAUGGGAAUGUCAAGCGAGAUCCAGACAAGAUGUCCGAUUUCUGAUCACGAGCCAAGUAGCUGCGAACUGUAACUACGAGAAAGUUGUCCAACGCCACACCCAUGGUCUAGGCAACACUCCAGGCAGACGGGCACACACGAGCAAAAAAAAAAAAAAAAAAAAAAAAAUCAAGAGCACCGGUAUUAUUCUCCAGUCUAGUGCGGAUAGAGUUCACAUUUCAGCUGAAUCCAUGGGAUCUACAGGAACAUGUACAGAGCAUACAUAUGUAGAGGACCGCAGUUCUCAAUGAGUGAACAUUUAAAACACUUAUGUCUGUGAGAGACGAUAUCUGGCGAUGUAGAAACUCUAACUCGUCCGUUGAGGAGAAACAUUACGGACUCCUCCGACGACUUUGCCAAAUGCUCCAGUUUUACUUUAAAGCCCCUCUGUUCUCUUAAAAGCAGCUUCCCAGAAACUUUAAAACUUCCGCCCCCUCAAAGAGAUGACUGUACAACAUCAAGCUCGCAGAUAAGUGUCAUAAUUAUACUUCUGUUUAGAAAACAAAAGUAUUUUUUUCCUUUCUUUUUAUUAUUCGCUUCUGAUCUGUUUGGCACCACCAUAAAAAUAGCAUUUCUAAAAUACAACACCCCCCCCUCCCACCACCACCACCUCCGACCCAACUGCAUGAGGAUUAUUUAUGGCACCAUUGAAGAAACAUUAAGGCCAACGUGUCUCUGAAAACGUCUGUUACAGCCGGGACUUUAAGACUUAUCACGGGGAGAGCCAAUGUCUUUCAAUAUCACGACAUCUGCACACGAUAAUAGACUAAAUAUACGGUCGAUUAUUUUCAAGACAUUUUUUUUGCUUUUGCUUUUCUAAAUGACGCUGUGUUAGCCAAAGAGGACGAUCUCUUUGAAAGGAUUACAUUAAAGAUAAAUCUAUUUUUAUACAUACAAAGGAAACAAGACCUUGUGCUGAAUUUUUACAGAUUCUUAAGCGUGGAAAAAAAAAAAUUGGGACAUCGCAUGGCUUUAUUUUAAAACCCUCUGAUCUUUGCAGAACAAGAGGGAAUAAGCAUGCGGUGUAUGGGUGGGGAUUACUUAGGGAAGGGGCGAAGGAGCAAUUGUCCAACCAUAUCAAAAUGAUAAAAAUCUGAUGUUACGAAAAAAAAAAAAAGAAGAAGAAAAAAUGUUGCAAUCUAACAAUUAGGGGCAUGACCUGACAGACACAUCUAUAUCUUCGAGUGCUAAGACACACUCGUAUAUCUUGUCCUGAAGUUGUGUACAGUGUUGCUUCAAUGAUGGUGCAGUGAAGUGAAGUUCUUUGACUUGAGAAUCCCAGACGAAGCUGCAGUGAGACUGGCUCAUUGCCCAGCUUGGAAAAAAAAAUAAAUAAAAAACGAAAAACUUACUAGCUGCUUGCAAAGAAACAGGUAAAACGCAGAUUCAAAACGAACACUGAGCAUGAGUCUUUAUGAUUAGAUAGAUUUGAUUCUUUUUUUUUUUUUUUUUUUUUUUUGCCAAAGAAUUGCUUUGCAAGCCAGUACCAAGAAGGAUAAAUUGAGACUAAUUAUAUUAUUCCCUGAGUAAUUGCUGUACAAAUCUAUGUUAUUUAUUAAGGACCCUCUACAAUUUCAGUUCUCAUAACUUUUAAAUAUAUUGAGUUGCGCAUAUCAUUUUGCAUUUGUACAUCUUCGAACCACUAAACCAAAAGGAAACAGAUGCGAGCGAUCCAGAUCGCGCGCAAAUGCGUCCACGCAAUGUGCACCCCCCCUCUGACAUUUGAACUACCCGCUUUGUCUUGUGACUAAUCUGUCCUUUAAAACCGUUAACGUUGCACAAUUCCCAAACACUUACACCGGAGUCCUUCGCCGUGACUCAUACAAUGUCAACCCCCUCCCUCCACAAAAAAAAUAAAAAAGUAAAUAAAUAAAUACUCUAGAUGAUUGGUGUGUCCAGAGCCAGAGCUGACCACGUAAAAGGACUAAUCUAGCCACUCUGGAGUUGAGCAAUUCGCACGAUACAGCAACGUAGGAGCAUUUUGACGAGACUAGUGACGGACGCUAGGAACGACCGCGAUAACAGGCCGCCCAUGUCUGAUGUAGUACAGUCAACCCACGAACCAACCCCCAAAUCCGUAAAAAAACAACCAUUCACACACAGUCUAUACAAAGACCUACACCGGAUGUACAGCAGAGAGCCAAGGACCAUGGCAGGAAACAGUACUACACUGCUUGAGCAACAACAAUAAUCAUUUAAAAAGACAAAAAAACUUUCCUAUGGAACAGUAAGUGCAAUGUGCUUUGUUUUUAUAUUGACUGAGAACAAAUGAUAUAUAUUUUUUAAAAAAGAAAUUAAAUGUCACACUGAAAAGGUUUGCAGAAAUAGCGAAGGGAGCAAAUGUUCAGGCAAACAUGGACAGACUCACAAAGAAAUCAAAAACGAGAGCUCUGAUCUGAGAAUUUCCAUAAUCGCUUCCUCCGCCCCCCCGCCCUCCCCCUCCCCAAUUUGUGCUCUGACCAUGCAAGCUCAAACAAACUGCAUAUCUGGCUGACUUGACCUCGAAAGGAAUACUGUCUAAUAUAUCAUCAGUUUUAGCCCGUGUCAAUUUCAAAUAUGAUUUCCUUUUCUUCCUGUAAUUUAUUGAUUUCAUUUACAUAUCAAGACUCACUUGUUAAAUUAUCGUAUUUGUGUUGUUGAUGUUGCCAUAGAGAACACACAUGGGUCAAAGAUUACGUUCGGUUGCAUUGAUUGGGUACAGUUUGUUCUUUUUUCUUCCAUUAUUUAAUUAGUUGCAGUUUUUACGGUGUAUGCAGAUUUUAGACUUAGUUAGACUUUUUUUAUUUCAAUCAAACUGUGUUCAAUUGUGUUUGUAAAGUCUGUGGUAGCUUUUGUUGCAACAUAAAAUAAUUUAAACAGAAAAAAUUCAAAAUAGCGCCAACAAACUUGUAUUAUUUGGGCGACUUUAAGCUUGUAGUUUUAACUUAUUGUUAACUUAAAAACUAUUUAUUAUGAUUAUUAUUAUUGCCUCGUAUAAAGUAUGUUUUGUGUAUAUUUAUGGUUUAUUUCAUUAUAUUUGCAAGUUUAAAAGAUUUUAAGUUUGCCAAAAUUGUGGUUACACCAUUUCAUUUCUUAAAAAGGGGGACAAAUAGAAAAACAGCUUUAGAAGUACGAUUUGGAAACGUUCUCCAUAGUCAAAGAAUGCACUGCUAUAUUUAACUAAUUGAAGUGUAUAAACAUACAUGCUGUGUGCUAGAUGUUAUGCCUUUACUGCCUGUGUUCUGUUUGUCUUGUUAAAUGAAAAUCUUUUAAUUAUUUAAUCUAAUCACAGUCUUGUUUUUUCAAACCACUCUGUGAACCCCUGAGACAUGGAGCCGCUUCCGUAGCGAGGCCUCGGCCCGUUCGAGGGUCCAACAACUAGCCGGGAACGGAAGCGACGUCCUCGGUCCGAUAAGCUCGCAAGAUGCUUUCCUGUUUACGCUGAUGGGUCGAUUUACACACACACACAGACACACACACAAAAAAAAGAGGAAACAUUAAGGGUUACGAUUCUGAAUAAGCAUUGCAUUACUGAGAUCAACUGUAUCAAUUUUCCGUAUCAAUUUGUGCUACUGAAUCGAAGGCAUUGUUUAGUGCCAUUAGCUCAAAAAGCUGCAGGAAGGUUUUCUUGGGGGGGUCUUUGUGGUAGUAAAGGGGCGAGUGGUCCUUCUGUUUCUCAACCAACUGUAUUUUGUGUCUAUUUAUUUAGAAGAGGGGACGCAGUAACUUAGUGAUGUUUUUCUUACAUUUUCCUGGAAUGGUAGAACAAAUCAAAAAGGUGAAAAAUGAUCAAAACAGUUCCGCCGGCGGCACCAACGUCGGCGGAAAGGAAACACAAAAUCUCAUACUUCCAGACACGACCAAAUGAACAAUGUCGAAAUUUAACAAAGAAAAAAAAAGAAACCUUUCAGUUUAGACUAGGAUAUUUAUUACUGGGAUUUCAGCUGAAGAGGCUUGAAGACUUUUUCAUGGAAUUGUUUAAUUAUUUGUACUUUACAUGCCAGAAAAAAAUAAAAUAAAAGUUACAAAUA